UGCCAUUUGCUCUAUGGAAGACAAGAAGGAUUGCCCAAACAAGAGGUCCAGCAUGGUGUGGUCAAAAGACAAAGACCUAAUACUUUUGAAGGAAGUGGCAGCUCUAGGUGUUCUGACACAUAAGCAAAGGUCAAGAGAACGUGGUCUGGGGUGGCAAAGUGUAGCUGAUAAUGUCAGUACUUUGGGUCAGGCAGUCACUUUGAGGGGGGUCAGAGAGCGCUACAGUUUGGCGGCAAAGAAAUAUUGCGCCCAAAUGGCUAAAGAAGAGCGAGCUACAGGGGAAGGUGGUGAAGAAAUGACGGAGUAUGAAAAACUGAUGGAAGAACUAAUCAAUAUUGAGGACGAGACCGAUCGGCAGAUGGAAACAGAGUGUGCAGCAAGAAGUCAGAGGAUCGAGAAUGAACGAGAGCAGGCAUUGGAGAUGAGGGAACGAGCAAUGGAGAGGUUGGGGGAAACAAAGAAAAGGGUUGGAAUGACAAGUGAGAGUGGUCCACCUCAGAGGAGAAGAAGAUCUGGAGACAUGAUGGAGUGGUUGCAGCAGAGGGUGGAAUUGGAAAAAGAAGAGAGAGAGUUAAAGCAGGCAGAAAAACGGGAGCAUGUGGAGAUGCAAAUGAACCAACAUUUGGAACUUUUGCAGGUAGUGCAACAGAGUCAGCAACAGUUCAGCAUGCAAAUGAAGCUAUCUGAGCAACAUCUACAACAGCAAUUACAAAUGAAACAACAACAACAACAACAGCACCAGCAAGAAUUUGGUUUUUUACAACAGCAAAUGUUGGCUUUAAUGCAGCAGCAGCAGCAGCAAACACAAAUGUUGGCAAACAUGCUUAAAAAAUAA